UAAUGAGAUCAUUGCUGUGCAGACUCCCUGAUUGCCUGUAUCAAAUUAACUCUUUUCCAAUAUCCCUAUAUAAAUCACAACCAACCAUGGCUGCUUGUUUUUCGUUCUUCUCCCUCUUUAUCUCUCUUCUCUCCCAAUCACUUUUUGUCUUUGUCACAUUUUCCUACUGGAAAACCCCAUAAAUUCCUGCUUAUUUGGAAUCAAAUUCAAAUAAUAAACAAUGGCUUACACCGGAAAUUUGAUUAGGAGAAUCUUAAUGACCCAAAUUGGUGGGACCCGUCGUCUCUUUUCAUCUCCGGCAACGGUGGCUGUGGCGUCGAAAGGUGAUGUCAUUUCACCGGAAGCUGACGUCAUAUUGCCAAAGAUGCCGCCUUUUGAUUAUUCACCGCCGCGGUAUAGUGGGCCUACUAGUGAUGAGAUUCUUAAAAAGCGUAAGGAGUUUCUUAGCCCUUCUAUGUUCACUUUCUUUAAUCAACCGCUGAACGUGGUAGAUGGAAGGAUGCAAUACUUGUAUGAUGAGAAAGGCAGGAGAUACUUGGAUGCAUUUGGAGGGAUUGCUACAGUGUGCUGCGGUCAUUGCCACCCAGAUGUGGUCGCAGCCAUCGUCAACCAAACGCAGCGUUUGCAGCAUUCUACGAUCUUGUAUCUAAAUCCUGCUGUUGCUGAUUUUGCCGAGGCUUUGGCCUCGAAAUUGCCCGGUGAUCUUAAAGUUGUGUUCUUUACAAACUCCGGAACAGAAGCAAAUGAGUUAGCCUUAAUGAUGGCGAGACUAUACACAGGAUGUCAGGAUAUUAUCUCAUUGAGGAAUGCUUACCAUGGAAAUGCUGCUGGAACUAUGGGUGCAACCGCUCAAUGCAAUUGGAAGUUCAAUGUCACUCAGAACGGAGUCCACCAUGCGAUGAAUCCCGAUCCUUACAGAGGUCUGUUUGAAGCAGAUGGUGAAAUGUAUGCUAAAGAUGUUCAGGAUAUUAUCCAAUUCGGAACAUCUGGUCAUGUUGCAGGUUUCAUCUGUGAAGCCAUUCAGGGAGUUGGAGGAAUUGUGGAAUUGGCCCCAGGCUAUCUUUCCAGUGUGUAUGACAUUGUAAAGAAAGCGGGAGGCCUUUUUAUAGCUGAUGAAGUUCAAGCUGGAUUUGCUCGCACUGGAAGCCACUUCUGGGGUUUCGAGGCUCAUGGAGUGGUCCCUGAUAUUGUGACCAUGGCAAAGGGUAUUGGGAAUGGCAUUCCGCUUGGUGCAGUAGUAACCACACCUGAAAUCGCUAGUGUGUUAACUCGUCGUAGUUACUUCAACACAUUCGGUGGAAAUCCUGUCUGCACUUCCGCAGGACAUGCUGUUCUCAAAGUGAUUGAUAAGGAAAAGCUUCAGGAAAAUGCUCAUCUUGUGGGUACUCAUCUCAAAAACCGACUCACUACUCUCAUGGACAAAUAUGAUUUAAUUGGAGAUGUGAGGGGAAGGGGAUUGAUGCUGGGGGUCGAACUAGUUACAGAUCGCGAAAAGAAAACUCCAGCAAAGGCUGAGAUCCUUCAUGUGAUGGACCAAAUGAAAGAAAUGGGAGUAUUGGUUGGAAAAGGAGGAUUCUAUGGCAAUGUAUUCAGAAUCACACCUCCUCUAUGCUUCACCAGGGAAGAUGCCGACUUCUUUGUCGACGUGAUGGAUUGUGCAUUGUCGAAGAUGUGAUUGUGGAGGCAUGUCAAUAUCAUGGUCGGAGAAAGUGAUGCUUUUAGUAUCAUAUAUAAUUGUUCGUGGCGUUUCGUAAAAUGUUGUAUCUAUUGCUUGCUUAUCACUAAAUCUAUAGCAUCCUAUUAGCACAUUGCGUCCUCACCCUCUCUUCUCUCUGUGAACUUGGGAUCGAUAUGAACGAUGAGUCAACACCUCGUUGUCUCUCUCUGCUCAAAAACAUGCAUAAAUCCUGCUCGAAUAAAAGUUGCAAUCAUUUUUAAUGAACAUCAUAGUUUUGUUAUAUUGGCAACGAGUAUUGGUGCGUUUGAAGCAAUCUAGCCCUUGUGAAUGUUCACUGGCCCCUCUAAAAAAAUUAAGGUAUAGGAUAUACAAUUCCGUACAUAUAUAUAUAUAUAUAUAGAAACAAGAAUUGAACUUAUUUUUCCGCUCUUUUGAGUUUGCUAAAUUACAAUACGUCAAACUUUAAAGGAUAGAGGACGACAUUGGGUAUAUAUUUUGAAUCAUUGAUCAAUGCUUCAAUUCAAUAGCCAAUAGGAGUAAUAUCUAAGUCAAUUUAAACCAUUAGUAAUAUUAUCUAAAUAAUAAACACAAAUAACCAAGUUAAAUAUUAAAACUCGUUUGAACCAUCAAUAAUACUUUAUACUUCUAUAACUUAUGAUUUUAAUUUAUGAAAAAUGGUAUCAUC